AUGGCCGUGGAAGAGCAGGCGUCUUCAGUUUCCAAUUCAACUGCAGAGGGCUUGGGAAAUAUCCAACAAAAGCUGCAAUAUUUAAGGACAAGCCUUGACAGCCAGAUGGACAAACUGACCAGGCUGUCAGCAGAGAACAGGUCAUGGGUGCAGGCCCUCAACGAUAUUGAACAGCUCAACUGUGGCAAGGUCAUCAUAAGGAUCGAGGUACUGUCUGAAUCCGAUAAUGAGGACUCAUAA